CACUGGUGUGUCGCCGGGGAGAUAAAGCUAGCCACCGUAAUAAAGGCCGUGACUGCUGCGAGCCGGCCCAUAAUAAAGCUCAGAGCCGCCGUGACGCCGGCAGAACUCUCUUCGGAAUACAUGUAGCCUUGACAAUGGGACGGCCAAAGAAGAUCCGGACACCUGAAGAAGAAGCCGCUCAUCUUGAAGGGCGUCGUGCGGCCAAGCGAGAAUCUGCGCGUCGGCGGCGAGCCGAUCCGGAAUACCGUGCCGAAGCUGCAGCCGAGAAGAGGCGUCGUCGAGUCGAAGAUCCCGAGUUUCGAGAACGAGAACGCGAGAGUCUGCGUUUGAGUAUCCAGCGUCGUCGGAAUAAGCUAGGCCUCACAAACACAAUGAGCCUUGGUGAAUGCAUCACUCUUGCCAAAGCGGGAUGCCCCGUCCCUUCCAAGGUCGUUGGUCAGGUCGAGGUUGGCACGCAGUGCAGCUUGCCUCUGACUGACAAGUCUGUUGGGUGCUCCUUCAAAGCAGGCAGCGAGUCCAGGAGCAUGCAGACUGUAGAGACUGUGGAUCAGUCAAGCUUCACCUCAGGGAGGCAUCACGACUUCUCACCAACAGCCAAGCAUAAGGAGCUGCAGCAGAGCCGCCUCAACGAUUGUGACGGUUGUGACUAUGCGACUACCAGCCAGUCCACUCUCGUUAUACACAAGUGCAAGCACACUGGUUCCUUGCCUUUGGGGCCCCAAGAGCUGUACCGGUCGCUUGUGUCUGCAAAUGGCUUGCAGCAUUCCUGCCGGCUGUGCCACUACAAGACCAAGAAAAAGACGAGCAUGACAGCUCACGUGCGCACACACUCAGGCGAACGUCCCUUCAAGUGCCACCUCUGCCCGAAAGUGUUCACGGUGGGUUCUGCCCUCAAGCGACAUGUGUACAGCCACACAGGAGAGCGCCCCCACCUGUGCCACUUGUGUCCGGAAGCAUUCCCUGAGAGUUACCACCUGACACGCCAUCUGCGCUGCCACACGGGAGAGCGCCCCUACCACUGCCACCUUUGCCCGGAAGCAUUCACUCAGGCUUCCAACCUGACACGCCAUCUGCGCUGCCACACAGGAAAGCGUCCCUUUUCCUGUGUGCACUGUGGUGCAUCCUUUUCGCAGAAGAGCCAUCUGUCCAGCCACACGUACUUUCAUGCAGGGAAGAAGUCCUAAAGGUCAGGGGCUUGCUGUUUCUUUUGUAGAUCACUCAAUUUGUUUGUGGCAGUAGGUCACCUCUAAACUGCAUCGAGAGGUUUCUGGGUCCUUCAUAUACAAAGUUUCUUGUACUGUUACCUAGAGGAAAGUUGACUCCACUGUCUUUAACAAUUUCUUAAGAACUGCCUUCAUGUGACAUCACUGCUAUGCCAGCUUAUCAGAGGUUUGGCUUAUCUUGAACGUAGACUGGCCUAAAAUGUAUUUACAACUGUGGAAAUAAGUUUCUUGAAAUUACACAUAAUAUACGAAGUUAGCAAGGAAACCAGAAACAAACAUUUCAUACCAUAGCACAGUAGCAUGUGCCCAGUUUUGUUUCUUGCAAAGUUAUCAAUACAUCAGUGGCACAGUUCAAAUUUGAUUUAAUUGUGCUUCCUAGCUCAAGUGCUUAUGUUUUAAUGACUUAUUUACAAACUUAUUAAUACAUCAAGACUGCCAUGUUACACGCUGUUUUAUUACAGAUUAUACCAUUGUGGCAACUGUAAUAUGUCCUCAAGCUGAAAUGCAUAGCUUAUGCAGAGUUUGUAGUCGAGCUUAAUAUGUGCAGCAUUGGACUUGGGCUUGAGCAUAAGCAAGCCCCAUAACACUGGUUGACAUUUGCGCACCAAAGCAACAAUGACAAGGUGCACACUCUUUAGAAGCCAUCAGUGAUAUUAGGCGAUGUCAUGUGCUGAUACAAGCAGAGCUUAUAUAUAGUAUUCAAAUGAUGCGGUCAGUGUUGCCUCUAGCCAGUAUCAGCUGCCAAGAUGUUCAGACAUGCGGAUUGAUAAACAAGGUGGCAUGCAGGGCUGCUGGUGUCUAAUGGUUCACGUGAAUUGAUGACAGUAUCAUGUUUCUCGCUCAAUUACUGCAAAAUACACAAAGGUUUUUAUAAGGUUGCUUCAUUAUGUAUAUGCAUGCAAAGCUGAAUUUCUUGUUUGCAGUGCCAGAGCUUGCAGUUGCUUGUUAAGAACGAUAGCAAUACCAUAGUGAAUGACCUCGAAUGACACUAGUGUGGCUUAUAUAAAGCUGUUGGUGUGAUGACACAGCAUGCAUAAGUCAUUGCAUUUGACAGCCUUCCAAGAUUUGUAUACAGGAGGGUUGCGCGGACAGCAUCCUAGGGCUCCGCGAGCAGUCAGAACGAAUUCGACCCGAUUGCAUUUUUUCCCAUUCACUUCCACAAUUUAUCAAUUUAUAGUAGAUAUCUUGCAUUCCGUUUUUUAUUUAACGAAGCCAUCGCACGCCACAUCCGCAGUUUAUUAUUCUGUGAGCAGCGAGAGACCCAGGUGGCAGUGGCGUGCAAGACUCAAUGAGUGACUUGCAGGGCUACAGUGGUUGCUCUGAUCGCUGUUAAUUCGUGCUCGCUAGCACAGUUCGUAACAUGAGCGCGAAUUGCCUCAGAAGUUUUGCAAGUUUGAACCACUUCUAAAUUUAGCGGCAUCUGCCUGGUGGACUGUGCUGACAGUCGACGUCCACGCGGGGCACGUUCACGUUUGUGGUUCAGGUGUGUAGGUGUCAGCUGCAGUGCAGGUUUGAUACAGGCUAUUUUCCUGCAGCAGCACUGUGUCGGUCUGGGAAUAAAAACUCUGGGCAAGUGUUUCGAUAAGCGAGAGGCACCGCCACAGGCCGGCUGAUUUGGGACAUUUGUUUGCAAAGAAGAAAAAUAAUAAUUAUGCUAAGGGGAUUUACUUACGGCAAGCGGCAGGCGAAAAACCAGCACAGUCACAAGAGCGCAACGGUCUUGGCGCCAACAGCUCGUGAUCUGCACCCACGCCCUACAUCUGUGAUAGCGCCCGACUACUUCUUGCUUCCUGUUCUUCUUCUUCAUUACAAUUAUAAUAAUUAAAUAGGCUCUUGUGUGUUUGUUAUGGCCCGCAGUUCCGAGGGUGUUAGUGAUGGAGGAUGGAACUGGCAGUGGCCGUAUGGUCAUGGACGUGUUGUGCAUGGAGUAGUGCUGAAAAAACAAAUCUUGUCCACAUGUUAUCGUGAAUUCCUCAUUGAAAGAGAUUGCCUUUGAGAUUGAAGAUAUCACGCCGAACCAUAAAUAACGCAGGCAACACAUACCACUAUCACGUGUCUACAUGUGCU